UCUCCGCGUUUGCGGUGGGCUACGUGUGGUUGCAUGUGGAAUCAUCUCGGCCAGGCCAGAAGCCGGAGUGGAUUACCAGGUGAGAACGGAGCAGGGGAACCCGUGAUACGAGAGACGAAGAUCUGUGUACAUUUGCUAAUUUCUCAUCCUCCAUACCUAGACCCGCUCUGUGGGCAGUGCUGUGGCAACUUUUCGGGGCGGCCAUGAUCCUUCCGCUCUAUUUUGGCAUCCACCUUCAAUGGGCUAGCCGUGAGCCGCUGCAGAAAGUGACGGAUGUCCACCGGGCGCGGGCUUUGACGCCCGGCUUCCUCUUAGGAGUGGUGGUGCCGACGACCAUCGUCAUGCUGCCAACCUGGGUAGCCCGGUCCGCAGAGUCGCAUCAGACGAUCGUUGCGAUAUUCAUGUUAUCUCCGUUUUGGGUCUCCGGCAUCACGAUAGCGGCUACAAAGGCAUCUGCAUGGCUCUCGGGCCUUUCGUCGUCCACAAGACGCAACAAGGCCGCGGCAACCUGGUGGGUCAAGGCAGUCCAUCUGCAGACCGCUGCUGUCUCGGCCGCAGCCCAUCUGUACGUCAUGUACCGGGUGUUCUUCCCGACGAACCCAGAGGUGUUAAACCUCACCCGCAUGUAUUUGCCUCUGCCGCCAAAUGGACCGAUUGGGGUAACCGACAACAUCACGAGCGGGUCGUGGCUCUUCCUGCAGUUCGAUCACAUAUUCAUCAGCCUCUCCAGUUUAUCGUGGGCUCUUCUGCUGCUGGAGAAGACGCCCUUGGCGGCGCGGUUUGGGAGGGGCGGUUUGGUCUUGCUGUUACUCGUGUCGGCCUUACUUAUUGGACCUGGAGCUACGGUCUCCAUGGCGCUCUACUUUCGGGAAGGUCAUCUGGCGGGUAACGCGAGGAGAUACUAAUUAGUGUAACAUACUGAGACCGACUAAGGCACUUCGGAUAAAACUGGACCCAUACAGACCGCGAUUGCCCGACCUGCCUCCCGAGGGUCACAAGAUCCUGCAGGUGAUGUAAACCCCGGAUUCCGGACUCCGGAUUCCGGACUCCGGAAUUGUACAAUCGACGUUUGGGGUUAGAGCCGUUGUCCUCCCAACCAGCCCUACGACAAGGAUGUCGGUGCGCAAUCGAGUAACAAUUGUCGAGAGCAGGUUUGAGCUUUCCCGGUGAGGGGAGAGCACCGGGGGACACUUGGGGGCGACCGUUGGGGGAUAAUUCUGCGGACAAAGACACGAACCUCCACUACAUGUAGGGGAGCCAUGUGGUGUAUACGCAUACGGAUUCGAAUCCGAGCUUCAUGUAUGUACGGGGGAGUUCAUGUACGGAGUGUCCGAGGUUGAGAAAGGGCAGAGAUCGCCCAGGGCCGGCUCGGAUAGGAUGGAGAAUGAAUUCACCCAUG